UUAGUUCUUAGGGAACACCCCUUCUGCCGAAAAGCAAUCAAGACGUAGCUACGUAUUGCGGAAGCAGGAAAUGCUCCAUUGAAGCCGUACCGUGUGCUUACGAGGAAGGGCAUGCCCAGAUGUAUACAAUGGAUUCGCCUGCCUAGUACGUCUGUGGCUUCGUCUGCGUUUUCCGACGCUGUCCCCCCGCGUUUUCCUCCCUCGCUUACCAAGUGCUCUUCGACCAGGAUGCUAAAGGUGUUUGGCGUUGUGGUGCUCGCCGGGCUGGCGCUCGCAUGUUUGACAUCCUGGUUUUUGGAGAGCUAUGAUACCGCCUGGCACCCCAAGCGGAGCAUCGGCAAACCCAACCACAGUACCGGAGAUGGAGCCUGGAGCAGUGCUCCUCCGUAUCCCGGGGGAGAGAUGGAUAACGUAUUUUGGUUUGUGCAGGUGUCGGAUAUUCACAUCAGCCGCUUUCACGACCCCAGGCGUGCUCCUGAUUUCGAGAAGUUCUGCACUACCACCAUUGGUGUCAUUAAUCCUGCUCUUGUGCUGGUAACAGGAGACCUGACAGAUGCAAAGACGGAGAGCAAAGUGGGCUCCCUGCAACAUGAAGUGGAGUGGCAGGCCUAUCAUAACAUCCUGAAGAGGUCCCACGUGCUGGAGCGCACAAAGUGGAUCGACAUCCGCGGAAACCACGACGCAUUCAAUAUAAUUUCACUGGAGAGUGUAAAUAACUACUACAGGAAGUACUCUGCUAUUCAGAAAGCGGGCUCAUUCCACUACGUGCAUAAGACGCCCUUCGGCAACUACUCCUUCAUCUGCGCAGAUGCCACACUCACACCAGGGCCCAAACGCCCCUACAACUUCUUUGGCAUUCUAAACCAGAGCCAGAUGGGCAAGUUGGCUACCUUCAUGGUGGAGAGCCAAAGCAGCAACCAGUCUAUUUGGUUUGGACACUACACAACAUCUACCAUCAUCUCGCCGUUCCCAGGAGUCCGAGAGCUCAUGAGCUCUGCAGUGGCAUACCUGUGCGGGCACCUGCACACGCUGGGGGGGCUGAUGCCUGUGCUGCACAGUCGACACCCGCAGGGUACACUGGAGCUGGAGCUGGGAGACUGGAUGGAUAACCGCAGGUACAGAGUGCUUGCCUUUGACCAUGACCUGCUGAGUUUCGCUGACCUGAGGUUUGAUGAGUGGCCUGCAGUUCUCAUCACCAACCCCAAAGCGGCGCUAUACCUGCACCCAGGAGUGGAGCCAAUCGGUCGUAUCCGGCUAUCCACGCACAUCAGGAUUCUUGCGUUUUCGGAGGCCCCAAUCACAUCUGUGCACAUCAGUGUGGAUGGGCACACCAUGGGGGAGGGUGUGUCAGUCGGGGGUCCCCUGUAUGUGCUGCCCUGGGACCCCUCUCACUACGCCACCGGACUGCACUCAGUCAAAGUUACAGUUGAGGAUGCCAUGGGGCGCUCAAAGGUGCAAGAGCAGGAGUUCACUAUUGAGGAUAGCCUUGCUCUGAGCUUCGGUUUUGUGCAGUCCUUUAUCCUUCUGACCGACCACUAUAUCAUGGCCCGCGUCACUUUCGUGUUUGUAGUGCUGUUGAACAUCGCUGUACUGAUGGCCUUCAGGUUCCUACGCUUGCCCACUCUGAGAGCGUCUUCAGGGCUCUAUUCUCAGGUGUACACGUCCCUGCAUCUCAUUAGUAAAACGGAUUCCUUCUUCUACUCCCUGUUGAUGUUCAACCUGUGCACAGCCUUUGGUCCUUGGUUUGUUGGUGAGGUGAUUGAUGGACACAGCGGAGCCUGUUUCGCUUUUGGGGUGUUUGUUGAUGGACACUUCCUCGAGGGCAGUCUCACAUUUGUUGUUGGAGUUGUGCAGGUGGUCUUCUUCAACAUGCCCCUCACCGCUUACCUCAGCUGGAGUCUCCACCUGCGUUGCCGCGGCAGCUCCUUCCGCUCCCACUUCCGCCGUGUCGGCCGUGGGUGGACAGUGGCAGUGCACCUGGGCAUGCUGGUGCUGCUGAGCUGGCAGGCCUACUCCUGCUACUUCCUGCUGGAGACGUACGGGCCCCUGGCCUUCUUCCUGUCGCCCGUGCGCACCUGGGCGCUGGGGCUGGGCCUGCUGCUGGUGUACCGGGCCUGGAAAGGGCCCGUCCCGCGCCUCCGUGACGACAGCAAGGCCACCGCGCCAUCGUGACAUCCGCUCCUCUGCUUGGCUUCUGUUCCUGGCUGUCUUUGUUCUUCAUUUUGCCAUAUCUAUUUUUUUUUUCUUAGUUUUGAAGUUUUGAAGAUCAUUUUAUUGGUGCCAAUUUUUUUUUUUUAUUUUACAACAUCUUGUUCCUCUUGCUAGGCAGUAACAAAUAUAGCAGUGUUGAAGUGUACGUACUGUACUGUAUUUGGAGGGACAAAAAGAGAAGUGUGCUCUGUUGCCCCAAAGCCUCUCCAGCUUUUGUCCUGUUUGUUUAGUUGAUUAGUCUUGAAUGUAAAGUGUGACUUUCAGGGAGGGCCGUGAAUUCUUCAUGGUGACCCUCUUCAUUUAGUCUGCGAUGUUCCAGGGUGAAGGGAGGGAUCGAGUUUCCAGCUUUGAAGCUCAGUGAACUGCGAACCUGAACUGAAAACUGUGGACAAAUCCCAACUACAGGUGGAUGUUUUGGAUAACGUGGCACCAGGUAGUGGAAUGCCUGUGUUUUUCUUAACUUCCUCCUUCUGAUUAGUUUGGCUAGUGCUUUCUCAAAUAUUAACAUACUUUGCUUAUAUUAUCUGGGGCCAAGUAGUAUUUAGAUCUUUAUUAUAAUCACUUGAUUCUCUGUUGGUGACUUACAUUUCUUUUCCCUGUUGCUGUUUUGGCCAUUAACAUCCACUGUGCCCCACCCAUCCAACAUUCUCAAGCUCUGUACACACAAACAACUUAAGCUGAACCUGCACUCACUAUGGUUCUGUGCUGGUACAUGCAUGCAUGUGUUUACAGUAAAGAAAUGCACUACCUGUGUCCAUCCCCAUAAACUAAUCUUUUUCUUACUGACAUCAUUGCUAAUAGCAGUCCUUUAAUGGGGUUCAAUGGCACAGUGUACACUGAUGUCUCUUUCUUCUUUGUAUAUCUGCAUUAAGGUCACAAAGCAUGAUGGAAGUUAUUUCACUGAUGUCACACCUUUGUACAGUUCAAAACUGCACAUCUUCAGCCAUAUCGGUGUACUUUGCGCUGUGUACACUUGGUUAACACGGCCUAAAAACACUAAGCCGUAUUAACCUGGGUACUCAGUGCUCUGAGCAAGAGUAAACUUGGGUCUGAUGUGGUAGUGUAGUCAGUACUGUGUUCAGGGGGGAAAAAAGAUGUGAAACAGUGAAUUUGUUCCAUCUUUUUAAAGGUGUGUACAAAAUCUGUUAGGCAUCACCUAAAAGAGCUUCUACAAGGAAGGGGGACAAUUGCUAGUCAGUCCCUCUGUUGUUUUUAGACUGGAAGUGACCCAUGUGAUCCAUUGACUGACGUCACAUGACAAGUUUCUACCUCUAUGGAAAUGUAUAUUCUGUUGUUUUUUCUCCCCACAUUUGGAAAUAUGUAGAUGGCUGAGAAGCAGCAUGUGACCACCGUGUUUAUUGUAUCUUUAGCUGAAGUUGUUUGGUUGCAGAUCACAAUGGGUGUAUCUCUGAACAUGCAAUGUGAGGCAUACAGCCAAUGGUUUUGCUCUUCCUUCACACAUACAAUUUGCUGUCUA